CCGUCAAAUUAUUUUGAGCAGCUACAAUAGUAGCCCCAGAAAAUUCUUUUGUGAAAAUCAAAGUAUAAUUUUUUAAAAACUCCAGGCUAGUUCCAAAUUGUUAAAAACAUACAAGUUUAAGAAUAUUUAGCAAUUACGGCACUGCGAUUAAUUUCGAGCUAAGAUUUACAAAUUAAAAUUUGUCAACAAAAAAAUAGCAAAUCGAGAUGCCUAUUACACUGCAAUCAUCGGACGAUGAAAAAUUCGAGACCGACGUACAAAUCGCAAAAUGUUCGGGGACAAUAAAGACAAUGUUGGAGGAUUGUGGCAUGGAUGAUAGCGAAAACGCCACUGUUCCACUACCCAAUGUCAAUUCCGCCAUACUACGUAAAGUACUUACCUGGGCAACUUAUCACAAAGACGAUCCACAACCAACCGAAGAUGACGAAAACAAAGAAAAACGUACCGAUGAUAUCUCCUCUUGGGAUGCAGACUUUUUAAAAGUUGAUCAGGGUACACUAUUCGAAUUAAUUUUAGCCGCAAAUUACUUGGAUAUAAAGGGAUUACUAGAUGUGACCUGCAAAACUGUGGCCAAUAUGAUCAAAGGCAAAACACCAGAAGAGAUACGCAAAACUUUCAAUAUCAAAAACGAUUUCACACCAGCCGAGGAGGAGCAAGUGCGUAAGGAGAAUGAAUGGUGCGAGGAAAAGUAAAUUGCCCAAGUGUUUUAUAAAAAACUGAAGAAGCACGUUUUAGCUCUCACUCGUGCUUUCAUUGUAUUUACUUAUGUAUAAACGAAAUAACUACUAAACAACAAAAGAUCAGUAUGUAAUUUUAAUCAAAAUUAGAUUGCUUAAAUUGAUUUACGAAUUAUCAUACCAGAUUUGAACAAUUUAUCACAAUAAAACGUAAUUGAACCUCCUUAA